CUCAAACAGUGUACAAAUGGGCAACAAAAUCAAUGAAAUCUUCAUAUUGCCCGCGAUUCAUCAAAGAAAAAGUGGUGAUGGUCGACGAUGAGUGAGGGGGUUCAUCUCCUAUUGAGCAUCUCCUUGCAAGGUUUCGGGAUGAAAGUAAUAUUCCGAUUUGAACUAUAGUAGUUUGCCCACCCACUAUUUUUUUUUCUAUAAGGUUUUUUCAUGUAUAAAAGCUCCCGUUGUUGAUUUCGGUAAUCAGAUCAUCUCUUCAGCUUCUCAUCUUCGUAUAUACUUAGUUUGAAUAGGAAUAGGUUUAGAGUGAAACAUGAAGGUAGGAUUUUCAUCUUUAUUAUAGUGAAAAGUGGUUUUUAGUGUGUGCAAAAGGGUUUGUUGUUACUUAGUUAAAAUUUAUCGUGAAUUUUCCAAUUCACUCUUUUAAAUACGUAAGUGAAAUCAAAUCAAAGAAAUAUUCAAUUGUGCAACAGUGCAACAAUUAUAAAUCCUCAUACGGUGUGCCGUAUAUGUCCAAAACAAAGAUCUCAACCAUAAUCAUAGCCACCUUGUCAUUGGCCCUAGCCGAACCACCAGUACCCUCCAACCAAUACCUCCCAGCCAACCAAUACCAAACGCCUCAAAACCAAUAUUUGCCUCCCCAAAAUCAAUAUUUGCCUCCCCAAAACCAAUACCAAUCGCCUAAAAACCAAUAUUUGCCUCCCCAAAACCAAUACCUUCCACCUGUAGUGACCACCUCUGCUCCGAGAUACCUGCCUCCAAGUACCUUGUACGGAACACCUCAAACUCAAGCAGUGAUCAGGCCUAGCGCUAGUAAAACAUAUCUGCCACCAAGUACUAGUUAUGGAACACCAUCUGCGAGUAGGGUACCAAGUAGAACCUAUGGAACACCAAGUAGCAGUUAUGGAACACCCAGUAGAAGUUAUGGAACACCUAGUGCUUCUUAUGGGGCACCGAGUAGCAGUUAUGGGGCACCCAGUAGCAGUUAUGGUGUUCCAACUGGCGGUUAUGGUAGAGGAGGUUAUGAAGAACCAUCUGAACCGGCCAAUUACGAAUUCGAAUACCAAGUGCAAGACGCAGCCUCCGGCAACGAUUUCGGUCACAGGGAGCAGCGCCAAGGUGACGUAGCGCAAGGUAAGUACUUUGUGCUACUGCCAGAUGGUCGUCUACAGACUGUAGAGUACACGGCCGACGCUAGCGGAUACAAACCGAGAAUCAGCUAUCAACAAGUGGGAAUAAGCGGUGGAUAUCCAUCAGGACCAUCAGGUAGUGGUGGAUACCAAUAUUAGAAUAUUUAUUUCGAUUCAUAGCUAGCUUUAAUCUGGAUUUAUAUACCUUUGACGACGGACUAUGAAAUACCUACGGACUUGGCCUAUAGAUUUGUUUUAUUUAACAAAUAUUUUUGUAUAAUAAUUUAUUAAUGAUUCAAAAUACAAAAUGCCAUACUUAUUAAUAAUUUGUUUGUGUGUAUUAUAUUAUACAGGAGGUGAUUAUUGUAGCUGAUAUUUAUUAGGUUUUUUUUUUAUGUAUUUGUAUAUUAUAUUUUUUUAAAUAAAUAAAUAGUUGUGCAAUUUUUAA